CUCAAAACCCCGCCGCGCCGCUGUGGAUUUCUAACAUUGUUCUUGAAUUCUUGAGCGUGGGGCGACUAAUCAGCGGGGGAAAUGGCGUUGGGAUUGAUAUUGGGACUCGGAAGAGCGAUGCGGAGGAAGCGUACGUCUUCUCUGGACAUUCUUUCGUCGAAACGAGCUCCACGGGAUUAUUACAAGGGCAAGAACUGCAAGCCUACUGGUUUUCAUACGCGCAAAGGUGGAUACGUAGUGGUGCCAGAAAAACUGCCUAACUAUAUCGUUCCUGAUUUGACUGAUUUCAAGCUGAAGCCCUAUGUAUCUCAAUGCCCAACAGAAGUAAAGACGAGCGAGGCCAGUGAAUCAGCUAAAUCAUAAACGAAGAGGUAUGUGGUCUUUUCAUUCAGUAGCAAUUGGCUUCAUGUUGAUCGUAGACGAUUAGGUCGGCAUCGACAGGGGUAGUCUUAGAGGUUUUGUACACUCGAGCUGAUUCGGGGGAAUGAUGUAUAAAACCCCUGCCCCAUAUGAAUAGAAGAAGCAGGCUUCUCAUUCUUCAAUUUUUGCUUUUGCUUUGUUUUUUUCCUUCUAAAAUGCAGUUUAUAUGUCAAGAGAGAACCGCAAGUGCAUAAUUUUUCUCAGGGAUGUAAUCCCGUGAUAGAUAGACUGGUAAUUGCAGACCAAUCUUAGCCCCUUUUUGUGGACUUUUUUCUUGUA